ACCAACAGUGGUUGCUAUCAUUUAGAUGCAGGUAGGUAGUAGGUAGAGUGAGGAUGAGCGGCCCCGUUUCAGCUCACCCCCGCCGCUUGCCCUGCGUUCGAUCGUCGGCUUCCUUCCCCCACCCCCGCCACCGACAGGUCUAGGGCAACCCGGCUGCGGUCCUGUCGACACUAAUAACGACAACAUGCGUGGAUCGACCAUGUCGCCGGAAUGGCAACCUGAGCAACUUGACCAACAAGUCGGUCGCGUCAUGCUCCCCACCGAGUCGCUGGCGUGGAAUUGUCUCGAGGCCCUUCGGUCCCGUCUAUCAAGCAGACUUGCGAGACGUACGCCGGCCUGGACAGUGGGCGGUGGGCGCCACCGCCCACAGAAGCGGGACAACGACGCGGCCUUCUUCGAGGCCGAUCUGCGCUUCGUCUUCGACGCAGCCCCUGAGAUCACCUGCCUCUCCCCCGCGGAUUACGCGGCGAUGGACUCCAAGGCUACUGGGCUGCUAGAGUCGCUAGAUGAACUCGUCAACGACCAGCUUGUCGAUGCGGAGGAUGACCAGUGGCCGCAAGGCUGGGAACCGGAGUCGAACGGGGACGUUCCAGUGCCGCACGAUGCCGCGAUGCUGGGUGACCAGUACCCACGGUUAUAUGCGCUGAUCAUCUUCCUGGAAGACGCGGAGGGAACAUUGAACCUAGCGACCGGCCCGGGCUGGCUAAUAUUCAUAUUAAUACGGAGAAGUGCUAUAGAUGCGUAAUAGAACAAGAUGUAGAUUGAUGAUAGUGGUAGAUCGAAGAUCCGAGCGGUGGUGCGCUAAGAAAUAUAUGUCUAUAGGGCAAAACAUAUAUAUGUAC